AUGAUGGAAGUCCGAGCUGCACAAGUAGCCCCUUCAUCCUCUCCGUCGGCGUCAACAGGACCAAGCACCGUCGACAGCAGUAUGAGCCGUACCAGCUCCAAGGAAGAUCCUGCCACGACAAGCGCCAGAGAAUGGAAGCGAUUGUUCGGUUCUCUGCAGUCCCAUAAUCACCACUCUUCCACGCCUACCUCUUCAAGAACAACAACGAGCAGAUCGAGUACUGCAGACACUUCAACUCGCGGUCGUGGUCGUGGAGCCAAUCCUAGACCAGCCCCCUCGACGAGAGGUGGACGAGCACAAACAGCACGUCGAUUACUCGAUUCCCCCACAUCCACCACCUCCCUCCUCCCCGCUCCUCCGUCCGAUUCGAUCUCCCGCAUCAGGCACAAAAUCCUCACAACACCUCUUCCACCUGACUCUUUUUUCACCCCAACCGCAACAACCUACCGCAGCGUAGUAUGGAAACUCCUGCUCGAAAUCCGAACACUCGAUCUCCCUCUAUAUCUUUCCCUUGUCGCAAAGGGCAAAUCUCCUUCGCAUGAGAAGAUUCGGAACGAUACUUUUCGAACCCUAGCCACCGACCAGGGGUUUAAGGAGAGGGUUAAGGAGGAAAAGCUGAUCAGAUUGCUAGAUGCUUUUGUAUGGAAGCAUCACCGAAACGACGAUAGUGCCGACGAAGGGGAUGGAGUUGAUGGAAAUGUAUAUGAAUUCUCCUAUGUGCAGGGGAUGAAUGUUUUAGCGGCCCCAUUCCUUUAUACUUGCGAAAGCGAAGUGGAAGCAUUCGCUUGUUUCAGUAGGUUUAUUGAGUUUUGUUGUCCGUUAUACGUUCAACCGACUCUUGCUGGUGUCCAUCGUGGGUUACAGCUGUUGGACAAAUGCCUAUCCCUACUCGAUGAGCCCCUCUAUACCCAUCUACGGUCCAAGAAUCUUUCGGCAGAAAUCUAUGCCUUUCCUUCAGUAAUGACUUUGUGCGCCUGUACACCACCUCUCCCUGAAGUCCUACAACUUUGGGACUUCCUCUUGGCAUUUGGUGUACAUUUCAAUGUGCUUUGCAUCGUUGCUCAGCUUCAUAUCAUGCGGGUUGACUUGUUGGAGAGUAAUAGCCCGAUGAAAUCGCUUAGGAACCUUCCAAAAUUGGAUGCAAGAAAGAUUAUCAAUGCCACAGUGACACUAGCGAGGGAUAUUCCCGAGGAGCUGUUUGAAGAGUUGGUUAAACACCCUUAUCAUCUGGAUAGCGUCGCUGGGUUGGGAUGA